AUGCAGGUUGUUCCUGAUUAUUCAUGGAGGUUAGAGAACAGUGUUAAUGCGAUACUAAGCUCUGCUAAUCGGGAAAACCUCCCCGUUCUAUACCCUGGUCCGUGUAUCGUGCUUGACACAACCACCCCUACAUGGUUUAGUGUUUUAAGUGAUCUCUCCUUGUUGAUCCCGUCGUAUCUAGCAGAAGGAUGGGUUCAUGAGUGGCCGACAUAUCGCGUCAUUCCCGUUUAUUUUAAGGAAAGUUGGUUUCUAAAACUCGCUAUGGAUGUUUCUGAUGUUAAAUCACGGGGUUACCCUCCAAGACUUUAUCAUGUAGGGUCUUCUAACCUAGAAAAGAAAGCAAUUAAUCACAAUUUCCGCGCACGAGAUUUACCUCAUAUUGUAGAAACACUAAGAGGAGAUGUAUGGAAAGCACUGGUGAACUCUCCCAUUGGAGUAGUUGCUAGGCUAGUUGAACGCCAAAGCGUGUGGUCUGGUAGAACAGUACACUAUCUACUAUGUAGACAGCUGCGAGUACAUAGGAAGGAGAUAUGGAGUCUGGUGGUUGAUGAGCCUAUCAGGUUUAGCUUGGUAGAAUUUGGUGAGAUAACUGGGUUAAACACUGGUCCAUUGCCAACAGAAAGUUUUGAACCUGAUCCUGAUAAAUACAAACCGUUUGGGGCGAAGCUGAAUGUGUCGCUUGGGAGGGGACUCACGUUGGAUGAACUGAAGAAGUCAAUAGAGGUCUGCCCGAGUUGGACAUUUGAAGAGCGUAAAUGGCUAGGGCUAUUAGUUCUUCAACACAUGGUACUUUAUUGUUUCCAUGAGAAUUCUAGGGUGCCAUUUGAAAGUGCCAAAAGAGUGUUUGACGAUGAAGCCAUGAAGUCGUAUCCAUGGGACGGGGGAUUAUACACAAUAAGCGGCCUAAAGGAUUCGUUAUUGAUUUCGGCGUAUGAAUCCAUCGUCUGCUUUGGCGAGUGUUUUGGGAGAGUGGUGAAUAAUGAAGACGUUCCACUUUUACGAUGGGGUGGAAAGCGUACUCGUGACAAUUUCGAAAAAUUGUUGUCUGCCGAGAUAAAACAGCAUAGCCAGGUAAGGUGCGUGUUAGGAGAAUGGUUUCAGUCAAUCGAAGAGUUGUUUCCUGAAUGGCCGUAUCAACCUGACGAACCACAACUCGUUAGCUUGAUAACAGACAUACAUGCAUGUAGAUUUGUAAAAGGUUUUUGGGAAGUGCAUGGAAAUGCGGAGGGAAAGGGUAACGGAAGAAUGAGGGUGAAGCUGCUGCAACGGGAAAGGGUUCUAGCGAAGAGGAAGGCAACUAAGGAUGAAGACUUACGUCGCCGCUCCACGCCCAACCGUACUGUAAAGGAUGAGGAUGUAGAAGAUAAGAAAAAAGCUGUGCAAGCAGAGGCUGUGUUGAAGAGGAAGGGGAAAGCUACCGCUAAAAGAAAAGCGGCUGAGUUAAUGAAGCAAAAACUGUCUGAGUUAAAGAAACCAAAACAGGCUGAGUUAAUGAAUGAAGAACAUGCUGACUUAAAGAAUGAAGAACAGGCUGAGUUAAUGAAUGAGGGUGCUAAUGUUUUUGAAUUCCUAUAUGUUUCUCCUGAAAAGGCAACUAAGGCUGAAGACUUACGUCGCCGCUCCACGCGCAUCCGUACUGUAAAGGAUGAGGAUGCAGAAGAUAAGAAAAAAUCUGAGAGAAAAGCGGUUGAGUUAAUGAAGCAAAAACUGUCUGAGUUAAAGAAACCAAAACAGGCUGAAGUUUCCGUCGAAGUUCUUGCGGACGAGGAUGCAAUCUUGCCGGAGUCGUCUAUGGAGAGUCAGGAAUUGGUUAAAUCUGCUAUAGGAAAGGAAUAUCGGGAGAGAACGGUUAAAUUAUCUCCACAAGGGUUUGCAUUGUCUGAAGAUUCUUCAAGACCAGUUUUUCCGUACAUUGGAGCAAUGGAACGACAUGCAUGA